AAAACAUUAGAAAUGUUUGAAGCUCUGGUUCUGGUUCUGGUUCUGGUUCAAACAUUGGAAAUAUUGUUACCGGAGAUGAUAUGCAGACUCAGGCAGUUAUAAGCAGUGCGCUUCCUGGUCUGUUAAACAUAUUGGACAGCACAUACAACAACCCAUACGUACAGAUGAGCAUCAAGAAGGAAACUUGCUGCGCUGUCUCUAACAUUACAGCUGGGAACACAAGUCAUAUUCAACAAGUGAUUCAAGCUGGCCUUAUUAAGCCUCUGUUGGAGCUGCUUCAGACCGGUGAGUUGGACGUAAAAAAGGAAGCACUUUGGGCAAUUUCUAAUGCAACUUCUGGUGGCAAUCAUGACCAAAUCAAGUUUCUCGUGAGGCAAGGCUGCAUUAAACCGCUGUGUGAUCUCCUGACGUGUCCUGAUCCAAGGGUCGUCACAGCGGCUUUGGAAGGUCUAUACAAGAUUCUGAAAGUUGCCGAAGCCGAGAAGAAGGCAGUAGACGGUUAUAAGUAUGCCCAGAUGAUUGAUGACGCAGGAGGUUUGAAGAAGAUUGAGGAUCUUAAAAGUCACGAUAAUACUGACGAGAAGAUUGUGAAAUUCCUCGAGUUGUAUUGGCUUGUCAGGAUUUGGGAGGGUUAGAAUUCUAUUGCUUUUGUGGCGGAAGUUAAUACAGCUUCAACACUUUGUUUUGGAUUUUUUUAGUAUCUGCUUUCGUCUUGUUUGUGUCCCAUGUUGAGGAAAGCUUCACUUUAAACCAGUCUCUUUCUUAUGGAGCGACAUAUAAGCAACUGACAACUGAUGACACAUGUGAACGCUGUGUUGUUUUCUAGAAAUUUGAUCUGUGUUCACGAGACA